CCUCUUUCUUGUCAAGGAGGCUGGCCAGAGGACAGCUUUGAAUGCUUUAUUUCAGGGCUUUUCUUCCGUGGAUAAAGUAGUUUGCUUCAUUUUUCCUUUGGUAUGACCAGGUGUUUCCCAGCACCAGCGGGCCUUUACAACACUCCGAGGCUGUCGUUCUGUGUCCAGGGAUGCACAAGCUGUCACUGACAUAAAGACUUGAAGUUCUUUAUUUGUUGUGUAUGUAAGAGCAGGAAACGAAGGAAAGAGAACUUACAGAUCUUCAGAUCAUUCCAUUGGCCUCUUACCUCCUUCUGUGGUGGCAAGAUGAGAAAUUUUGAAACCCUUUUCCUCCAGAUAUGAUUCUCCCUUCUACUGCUGAACAGUGGAAAAGGAUGCCAGAGAAAGAGGUCUGCCUCUCUCCACACUCCACACUGGCGAGGAGAAGCCACUGAAGCCAUGACAGCAGCAAAGGAGAACCAUGCUCUGUUUGGGCUGGGUGUUUCUUUGGUUUUUUUCAGGAGAGAAGACCACAGCAUUUAAUCAUUCAGCUUGUGCCACCCGAAAACUUCUGUGGACAUAUUCUGCAAGGGGUGCGGAGAACUUUGUCCUAUUUUGUGAUUUACAAGAGCUUCAGAAGCAAAAAUUCUCCCACAUAAGUCAAGUGUCCACAACACAAGGUCCUGCUCGCAAACCUUGCAGUGGCAGUCAGAAGGACCUUUCUGAUGUCCAGUGGUACAUGCAAUCUCGGAGUGGAGGCCCACUAGAGGAGAUCAGUAGAAACUCUCCUCACAUGCAGAACAAAGGCAUGCUGCGUAUAUUGGCCCCACAGAUGAACAGCAUUCGGUCAUAUAUUUGUAGACCCAGAAUUAGGAGUCCCCAGGAUAUGGCUUGUUGUAUCAAGACAGUCUUAGAAGUUAAGUCACAGAGAAAUGUAUCCUGUGGGAACUCAGCACAAGAUGAGCAAGUCCUACUUCUUGGUAGCAUUGGCUCCAUUCAUUGUCCUAGUCUCACCUGCCAAAGUGAAGUACAGAGUCCAGAGAUGACCUGGUACAAGGAUGGAAGACUCCUGUCAGAGUAUAAGAAAAAUCCAAUUGAGGUAGAAGAUACUUAUGAUUUUCACCAAGGCCUGUAUGUAUGUGAUUACACUCAAUCAGAUAACAUGAGUUCCUGGACAGUUCGAGCUGUGGUUCAAGUGAGAACCAUUGAUAAGGACAUCAAUGUGAGGCCAGACAUUCUAGAUCCCAUUACAGACACACUGGACGUAGAGCUUGGAAAGCCUUUAACUCUACCCUGCAGAGUACAGUUUGGCUUCCAAAGAUUUUCAAAGCCUGUAAUAAAGUGGUAUGUCAAAGAAUCUACACAGGAGUGGGAAAUGCCAGUAUUUGAGGAGAAAAGGAUUCAAUCCACUUUCAAGAAUGAAGUCAUUGAACGUACCAUCUUUUUGAGAGAAGUCACCCAAAGAGAUCUCAGCAGGAAGUUUGUUUGCUUUGCCCAGAACUCCAUUGGGAACACAACACGAACCAUCCAGCUGAGGAAGAAGGAAGGAGCGGUGUUGGUAUACCUCCUCCUCGGCACGGCCUUGAUGUUGGUGGGCAUUCUGGUGGCAGCUGCUUUGCUCUACUGGCACUGGAUUGAAGUUGUCUUGCUAUGCCGAUCCUACAAGAGCAAAGAUGAGACUCUGAGGGAUAAGAAGGAAUUUGACGCAUUUGUAUCCUACGCGGAUUGGAGCUCUCCUGAGACUGAAGCCAGAGGAUCUCUGAGUGAGGAGCACCUGGCUCUGAAUCUUUUCCCAGAAGUAUUAGAAAACACAUACGGAUACAGCUUGUGUUUGCUUGAAAGAGAUGUGACCCCAGGAGGAGUGUAUGCAGAUGACAUUGUGCACAUCAUUAAGAAAAGCCGAAGAGGAAUAUUUAUCCUGAGUCCCAGGUACAUCAGUGGACCCCGAGUCUUUGAGCUACAAGCCGCAGUGAACCUUGCCUUGGUUGAUCAGACACUGAAAUUGAUUUUAAUUAAGUUUUGUUCGUUCCAAGAGCCAGAAUCUCUUCCUUACCUCGUCAAAAAGGCUCUGCGGGUUCUCCCCACAGUCACGUGGAAAGGCUUGAAGUCGGUGCCCGCAAGUUCCAGGUUCUGGACCCAAAUUCGUUACCACAUGCCUGUGAAGAACUCCAACAGGUUUAUGUUCAACUGGCUCAGAAUUAUCCCAAAGGGCUUUUCCCCUGAAAAGGACCUAGUGAGGCAGAAAGCCCUGGGAGGAACGCGCAACUCGGGGAACAGCCACGGAGCUCAGAACAGAACGCAGGAUGAAAGGGACUGCAAGGGAGCGCAGAACCUCCUUCUCUCCAGCCACCAGAAGAGGUGCUGAUGGGCAGGGCGCGCUGCAUGGAUCAGAUUGAUAAAAGCUUGAGUCUUUCUGCUCUCAGCGCCAAGCAAUCUUGACAGGCAGUGGAAUGAAGCAGCAUCUGAGGUUUUAGGGUCUGAGUUAUGGAACAGACACAGAGAGAGUAAUACUGCAGACCUCUGCCUUGCGCUCAGCCCACAUUUCCCUGGGAGUUUCCAAGUAGCCUGAGCAGAAUCAACAGAAAUAGCUCCAUGGGCUAUCCAACAUGCAUGCAUGCCUGUUUGCAUUAUAUGUAUGAAUAUAUUACAUGUUUGUGCAUAUCUGCAAUCAAGUAAAUAGGGUUUUAUUUGGUUAGGCAUGAGUGACUGAAACUUUAAAGCCCUUCUAUCAGGAAAUGUUGUGCUCCCUUAUUCUCUUACCCGUUUCCUGCUUGCUUCUCUCUCGCCCUCUUGGGCUCUUGCUCCUCCCGCCUCUCUCCACGUGGUCAUGGCCGGCCUCUACUUCUCCACUCUCCCCUUCUCUCUGCCUUUCUCAGCCUCGACUACCCCCUUAACUCCCCUUCCCAUGCCCUGAAAAAAAAAGAAGAAAUUUUGCUGCAUGUGUAGAUAUGAUUUGGGUCCCUAUUUUGAAGGCAUGAACCACUUUGAAGGCAUGAACAAGAAACAUGUGUUUCUAGACCUGCCAUUGAAUAAUUUCAUCGUUGGCAUAAAAUGUCAUGACUCACAAAUGCUUUUGGUGAGCUCAUCCUGUCUCCAAACUUAGAAAGGUACACUAUAGAAUGGCAGUCAUUCCCCUUGUCUCUAAGGGUCUAGGUGAAGGUUGUUCUUUCUUUCCUUCUCAGUACUAUAAGAAAAAGUCACAUCACAAGUCACUAGAACCAAAAAAAAAAAAAAAAUACAUAA